AACACUCCCUAGUUUUUUUAAUCCUUGUCAUGGUCCCUACCAAGAUCAUAAUUUAUUCAAAAACCAGAAACAGAACUGGAAAACCACGUUUCAAACUAUAAACUCAACAAUCUUAUUAAAUCAUUAAUGAUUGCAAAACAAACAAUAUAAAUAACAAGGUUAUAUAUCCUCUACCACAACAAGGUUAUAUAUCAGACAAAAAAAAAAAAGACCAAAACUUUUUCAAGUACUGUUAUUACCUUUCUUCUGACCCCUUUUUACUUAUGUUUCCUCUGCUAUCUCCCGUAUCUCCUGCUUCAAAAUGGUUGGGCUUUGUGACAGCCAUAUGGGUCCAAGCAAUCUGUGGUAACAAUUACACCUUUGCCAACUACUCUGAUGCUCUGAAAUCUCUCAUGGCACUGACCCAGCUCCAGCUAAAUAAUCUCUCAGUCGCUAAAGAUGUUGGCAAGGCCUUUGGGCUGCUCUCCGGCCUGGCUUCAGAUCGUUGGUCCACUUCCACCAUACUCAUUAUCGGCUCAGUUGAAGGACUCAUAGGAUAUGGAGUUCAAUGGCUUGUUGUCAGUCAGAGAAUCAGCCCCCUUCCAUAUUGGCAGAUGUGCAUCUUUCUUUGCUUCGGAGGAAACAGCACAACAUGGAUGAACACAGCAGUUUUAGUGACAUGCAUGAGAAAUUUCCCCAAAAACAGAGGCCCAGUUUCCGGGAUUCUCAAAGGCUACGUCGGACUAAGCACAGCAAUCUUCACAGACGUUUCCACAGCUCUCUUCUCCUCCGACCCAUCCACUCUCCUCCUCACCCUCGCCGUCGUCCCCGCCGUCGUCUGCCUAACCGCCGUCAUAUUCCUCCGCGAAACGACGUCGUUUCCCACCAGCCCAACAGACGAAAAACGACAAACCCAAUACUUCAACGUCUUCAACGCUAUAGCCAUUCUCGUCGCUCUCUACCUCCUGGUCUUCGACGUCACCGGAAGUCACAGUCGACUUCUCUCUCUGGGAUUCGCAGCUGGACUCCUCGUUCUCCUAGCCUUGCCAUUGGGUGUCCCUCUUUACUCGCUUCUGUCAAAACCCAGACCCAGUUCCGACGUAGAACGACAAAUUCAGAAGCCAUUGCUAGAAGAGCCGAAAGAGGCAGAGAAGGAGGAGAGUGGAGUUGAAGUAGAGCUGUCACAGCGGCGGCCAUUGAUCGGAGAAGAGCACAGCGUGGUUGAGAUGAUUGGAACUUUGGAAUUUUGGGUAUUGUUCGUGUCGUUUUUGUGUGGAGUGGGAACUGGGCUGUGCGUGAUGAACAACAUGGGGCAAAUGGGGGCGGCUCUGGGCUACUCCGACGUCUCCAUUUUUGUGUCGUUCACAAGUAUCUGGGGAUUCUUGGGUCGAAUUGGCUCUGGCUUAGUCUCCGAAUACUAUAUUGGGAAAUUUGGGACCCCAAGGCCAAUAUGGAAUGCAAUUUCUCAAGUGAUAAUGGCAUUUGGGUACAUUUUUAUGGCAUUAGCUUUGCCUGGAUCACUUUAUGUGGGCUCGAUUUUGGUGGGCAUAUGCUAUGGUAUUCGUCUCACUAUAACAGUCCCAGUUGCCUCUGAGCUAUUUGGGCUCAAAUAUUAUGGGCUUCUCUACAACAUUCUCAUCCUCAACCUUCCAUUGGGCUCAUUCCUCUUCUCGGGCCUGCUUGCCGGGUUUCUAUACGAUGCUCAGGCCCAAACCACUGCUGGAGGUGGCAACACUUGUAUUGGGCCUCAGUGUUACAUGCUUGUGUUCGUUAUCAUGGCCCUUGUUUCCAUUAUUGGGCUUGGGCUUGACCUGUUGCUUGCUUUUAGAACAAGGAAUCUCUAUUCCAAUAUUUGUGCAGACAAGAAUAGUGUUACUUCUUCACCACCAUCACCAUCUCCCAAUGCUAAAGCAUAAAAUUUUUUAUUCUUUAUGUUUUUUUUAAAGAGAAUAUAACAUUUGUUA